UUCCCCAUUGCGGCUGCACACCCCAUCCUAGCUAGACUCCUCCGCCGCCGCCGCCGCCUCCCCCAUGAGCUCCCCCUCCAUGGCGGCCGCCCUCCACCGCCGCCCCCGCUCCCGCCCGCCUCUGGAAGACGAGGAUCUGCUCUCCGAGAUCUUCCUCCGCCUCCCGCCGCAGCCGUCCUCCCUCCCCCGCGCCUCCGCCGUCUGCAAGCGCUGGCGCCGCCUCGUCUUCGACCGCGGCUUCCUCCGCCGCUACCGCCAACACCACCGCCGCAGCCCUCCGCUCCUCGGUUUCUUCCGCAGCGACUAUGCAGGCAUCUCCUACACGCCUGCCAUGGAGGCCCCCGAUCGUGUCCCCGCCGGGCGCUUCUCUUUGCUUCUCUACGACAGCCGCGCCAGAAUCCUCAGCUGCCGCCAUGGACUCCUGCUCUUCGCCCGCUCAUCGGGAAACCGGUUCCUGGUGUGGGACCCCGUCACCCGCGACCAGCACAGGCUUGUCGCGCCACCGCCGUUCGACAUCUACGCAGCUCAGGUGGACGGGGCGGUGCUCCGGGCUGCUGGAGACGCCCACCACUUCCAGGUGGUAUUGGUAAGCUACCAACAGAAGCAAGUGAUCGCCUGCAUUUACUCCUCGGAGACUGGUGUAUGGAGUGAUCUCAUGCCAACAUCGGUCCAACGCACGGCCGUGGGUUGUCAAGGCAUGCCUGCUGUGUUGGUCGGGGAUUCCCUUUACUUGCUGCUCUCUGACGGUGGUAUAACUGUAAUUCUUGAGGUUGAUUUGAACAGGCAGAGCCUAGCUUUGAUACAGGUGCCACUGUCUAUGCUUGCCUAUGGUCAUCAUAGGGACUAUAUGACACUUGCACGAGCAGAGGGUGGCGGGCUGGGUUUACUCUGGAAGGAAGGCUUCACCGCCCAGUUCUGGAAGAUGAAUGCUGGUUGUGAUGGUGUUUCUUCAUGGGUGUGGGGAAGAACUAUUAAAUUGGACAAGCUACUUUCCCUGAAUUUAGAGGAGAUAAAGCGCAUACAGAGGAUAGCGUAUGCUGAGGAAAAUAAUGUGGCUUUCUUGCGGACAGUUUCCGGUGUCUUCAUGGUCCAGCUUGAGUCAUUGCAGUUCAGUAAACUUCCUGAAAAAAACAACUGUGCUAUCUGCUAUCCAUUAGAAAGUGUCUAUGCUGCAGAAACAAGCAUUGGUGGUGGACAUGGUGGAGCUGAUCAAGAUAUGAUAGUAUUAGUAUGAUGUACUGGUUGAGCAGGAAAGCUUAUCUUCUGAAUGUAUGCUGAGGUAUCUAGAGUUAUGUUCUGGUGUCUGAGAUGCAGAAGGGGGCAAGGGGCUUGUUUGCUGCAACCCACAAGGAAAAUUUGCCCUCUAUUUAGGAUGCACUAGUCAGCUGUGAAAUGGACUUGUAUGAAUUAGUUGCUUAUUUUGAUCAACCUGGUUUAUAUCUAAUUUCUGUAAUCAAUUGGCCAACUGGGCAUGAAGACAUAAUGAGCUUGUACGAUUAAUUAGUACCUUUCGGCUGAUCUUGCUUUCA